AUUCGCCAUAUGUGUAUCAGGAAGAAGCAGAUGGAGUGAGAGAUAAGUUGCAACGUGUUCGUCAUUUAAUUCUGAACAGUUUCUCUUUCACUCCUAUGAGUUUCUUUCUCGCUAUCAUUCACUUCUUCGCUAACAUAUGCGGAUCAAAGAGCCAAUAAGAAUUGAACCAUAAAUGUCUAAACUCUGACUUGGGCUGAGUUCCACUUAACGUCCGCAACGAUCACGGCAUCAUUUUAUCCUUGUUUUUCACUGAACGUUAAAUAAGGAUAGAAUCGUUGUGAACGUUAAGUGGAACGCACACUUGGUGGAACUUUACCGUUUCCCCGCUAGAAGGGAGCCGUCGAUUUUCGAGCCUUCGAGUCGACUUGACGUCGAAUGGCGACAGCCAGCAGUUUGUACGAACCGGAGCAGCGAGAGUUAAAAGGAAACUGUUCGCGGCUGACCAGUCUGUUGUAUGAGAUGGGUGGUGUCAGAUCUUGAGGUGGAAACAGUCAGACCAGUACAGUGCAAACGCGGAGGUUCUUUGGUGCGGCUCUCACAGGACAAGUAAACGGACAAGCAAGCGAGCAAGCAGUUCGCAUCGUGCUUUUAGGACGCGACGCGACGUUUAAAUGAUGUGAGUGUCGGACGCUCUCAUAACGAGUGCAAGUGUAGUGUCACAGUCACUUGUGACUCCCGAACAAUGUUUCACCACGAGUACGAGAAACGGCUGUGCGUGAAGAUCACGACGGACGGCUCCGGAGCAACGGCUAGUGCCUCUGCCGCUGUUGCCAACGCCUACUCGCCCGUCUAUUUCUCACCCACGAAGACGUCGACGAUCAACAACAGCUACGAUCGCUUCAUACCUACUCGAUCGGGCAAUAACUGGCAAACCACGUUUUCUAUGAUCAGCGAAAACGGCCGGGGCGGCUUGAUAACGAAAAAGACGAGGGAGAACGGCGAAGGCAGUCGCGACGGUAUCGCUUAUUCCUGCCUGUUGAAGAACGAGCUACUGGGCGCCAGUAUUGAGGACGUCAAGGGCCAGUGCGAAGAGCGUCGAGUGUUGUCACCAUUAGUGACGAAAAACCUGUUUAAGUACACCACACCUACCAAGGAUCGCACUCUAUUGGACCAGAGCUCACCUUACUCUCUAUCACCACUCAGUGCAAAGAGUCAGAAGCUACUGAGGUCACCCAGGAAGGCCACCAGGAAGAUUUCCAGAAUACCUUUCAAAGUACUGGAUGCACCUGAACUACAAGAUGACUUCUAUUUGAAUUUGGUUGAUUGGUCCUCUCAGAAUGUCCUUAGUGUUGGCUUAGGCAGCUGUGUUUACCUCUGGUCAGCGUGCACCAGCCAAGUGACACGUUUAUGCGACUUGUCCAGUGAUGGCAAUAGCGUUACAUCUGUUGCAUGGAAUGAGAGAGGCAAUCUGGUGGCAGUAGGCACACACAUGGGUUACAUCCAGGUGUGGGAUGUGGCUGUGAAUAAGCAGGUGAGCAAGUUGCAGGGUCACAGUGCUCGGGUAGGCGCCCUCGCGUGGAAUGGCGAGGUGCUCUCCUCCGGCAGCAGGGAUAGAUUGAUACUGCAGAGGGACGUAAGGACGCCGUGUGUGGUCGGCGAACGCCGGCUCGGCGCACACCGGCAGGAGGUGUGCGGCCUUAAAUGGUCACCGGACAACCAAUACUUAGCAUCCGGCGGCAAUGACAAUCGACUAUACGUGUGGAACCUGCACUCUCUCUCGCCUAUACAGACUUACACGGAGCACGUAGCGGCAGUUAAGGCCAUCGCCUGGUCGCCUCACCAUCACGGACUGUUGGCCUCCGGCGGCGGUACUGCUGAUCGCUGCAUUCGUUUCUGGAACACGCUAACCGGCCAACCGAUGCAGUCAGUCGACACGGGCUCGCAGGUGUGCAAUCUCGCGUGGAGCAAGCACAGCUCCGAGCUGGUCAGCACGCACGGCUAUUCGCAAAACCAGAUCCUCGUGUGGAAGUACCCAAGCCUGACGCAGGUCGCCAAGCUUACCGGCCACUCGUAUCGCGUUCUUUACUUGGCGAUGUCGCCGGACGGCGAGGCGAUCGUCACCGGCGCCGGCGAUGAGACCUUGCGCUUCUGGAAUGUUUUCAGCAAGGCGCGCAGUCAGAAAGAGAACAAGUCCGUAUUGAAUCUGUUUACGAGUAUCCGAUAAAUUUGCUGUGACAGUUACGAGAAGGGUGGACGGGUGUCAGCGCGCUGUGUCGGAAAUGUCGGCAUCGUAUUAUUUUAUUAUGUAUUUGUACAUAUAUAUACAUCUCGUCUCGAAUAGAUCGAAUAUGUUGAAUAUAUACGAUCAUAGUAUUCAAAAAAUUAUUAUAUAUAUACCUAUAUGUAUAU